AUGCUCAGCUGGUACUGUUACUUUGGUGAUGGUAAUGCUUCUACUGUAAAUGGUAAAGAUCCUUCACUUAUGUGUUUUUCUGUAGUUAUUGAUGAGGCUAUUUUAUGGCAUAAAAGACUUGGACAUGUGAAUUAUAAUGAUUUAGUGAAUUUGUCUAACAAUGAUCUUGUUCAAGGUAUCCAAGUGAAACAACUUGAUGAUGGGAUUUUCAUAUCUCAAUCAAAAUAUGCAAAUGAGCUAGUUAAGAAGUUUGGUAUGAAAGAUUUAAAGCAUGUUCAAACUCCUAUGAGUGCUUCAUCUAAAUUGGAUAAAGAUUCUGAUCCUAACAAGGUUGAUCAUUUCUUAUAUAGGAGUAUGAUUGGUAGCUUGUUGUAUUUGGCAGCAACUAGGCCAGAUAUUUCAUUUAGUGUAGGUGUUUAUGCUAGGUAUCAAGGUGAUAUUAGAGAACAACACAUUUUUGCAGUCAAGCGUAUUAUUCGUUAUGUUAAUAGUACAUUGAAUUAUGGAUUAUAUUAUUCUUCUGAGUCUAACUCUGAGAUUGCAGGCUAUAUUGAUGCUGAUUAG